AUGUUCGAAUUUGGCAGCUUGUCGAGCCAGCACACGACAUUGUUCGACUCGGGUCUCUCGUCGGCACUCUCAAAUUCGACUAACAACAGUAUAACCUCCGGGUCGCCGCCAACCGCUUUCAGCAGCAACUACAUCGAACGACCAGGGUUAUUGUUCCAGGUAAGCCUAAGUUCAGAUAUUCCACCUCCUCCUGUACCGUGUGACCUCUUACAUUCGUCUGCUUCUGAAUUCAGUGAACCAUGA